AUGACACCCGCGGCAGAUAUCCCGCAGGCGGAGAGACCCGCCACAGGCGGAGAGGACGCAGAGCGCCAGUCGACAGCAAGGGUCACAGAUCAAGGCGGCGGACCGGCGAGGAGCAGUUAA